UACCGCCACGCUCCCGCUAAAGGAAGUGGCCGUAGCAGUUCGCGGCGCCUCUUCCAAAAAUCGCCUCACGCUUCCGUUUCGAACUCUUCGUCGCCUCACACUGCUCCUCCUCCCCAUCCCUCCGCCCCUCCCAUGGCGUCCCUCUUCGGUGCUCGCCGCCGGCGAUCGCCGGAGGACGACGGCGAGGACGAUAGAUCCGGCAGCGGGAGGGCCCAGCGCCGCCGCCUCUCACCGGAGGAUGCCGCCGCGUCGCCGGCGGAGGCGGGCGCGGCGACGGGGACUAGCCCCGGUUGGCUCUCCGGCUUCGUCUCCGGAGCGAAGAGGGUCUUUUCUUCCGUUUUACUGUUCUCCUCGCCCGAGGAGACCGGCUCGGGGGAGGAUGAGGAGGAGGAGGACGACGACGAAGAAGAAGAAGAGGGCGUCGGCUUGAAUGAAAAUGAAGAUAUUCAUGACACUCAGGGAGCAAUAGUUCCUUUUAGUGAGUCAAAGCUUGCUAUUGAGCAAAUGGUUAUGAAGGAAACAUUCUCAAGGGAUGAAUGUGAUAGGAUGGUAGAGCUAAUAAAAUCAAGAGUUAGAGAUUCUACUUUUCCUGAAGCCCAUGAGUAUGGAAAGCCAGAAGAAAUCCCAAGUAGGAAUGCAGGCAUUGCGCAUGACUUUACAGGAACAUGGCGCUCCUUGAGCCGUGACCGGAAUUUCCCUGAAUCAGUUCCACUCUCUAGUAUGAGAAUGGGACCUGGUAGUUUUUCUCCAGGUUCUCCACUCCAAGCAUCACCUGAGCUAUGCAGUGCAGCAGUUACGGAAGCAAAAAAAUGGUUGGAAGAGAAAAGGCAGGGACUGGGCUUAAAGCCUGAAGACAAUGGGCCGUGCACAUUAAAUACUGAUAUGUUUAGUUCUCACGAUGACUCUGACAUGGGUACUCCAGUUGAUUUAGCGAAAUCAUACAUGCAGUCGUUACCUCCUUGGCAAUCCCCAUUCUUAGGACGUCAGAAGUUUGACACAUCACCCUCCAAAUACUCUAUCUCGUCAACAAAGGUAACCACAAAGGAAGACUACCUUUCCAGCUUUUGGACAAAAUUGGAAGAAUCACGAAGAGCUCACAUUGGAUCAUCUGGAGGUUCUGCUGAUGCUCCUAAAUUCUGGAAUUAUGGUUCUGGUUCCAGAUUAUUUGAGAAUAACACCUCUAUAUUCUCAUUGGGCACUGAUGAGAAAGUUGGAGAUCUUACCGAAACCCAUAAUGGGUCUGAGAAAGUUGCAGCAACAGAACCAGUCAGUGGAUGCUCCUUACUUAUUACACCAACUGAAGAUAUAACUGAUGGUAUUACUGAGCCCGUGGACCUUGCAAAGGACAAUGGGAAUGCGCUCCAAGAAUACCAAGUUGCAUCUGAAAUUCUCCCCGAUAAAGUUGCAGAGGGUAACGAUGUGUCUUCCACAGGAAUUACUAAGGAUACUACUGCCCAUAGUGGAGAUGUUAAAGCUCCCACAUCAGAACCACAUAUAGGGGAAACACAUGUCAACUCAGCUUCAGAAUCCAUACCAAAUGAUGCAGAUCCCCCAACCCAGACCAAAAUGAAUGGGUCGACCAAGAAAACAUUAGUCAACGGUCUUUUGGAUCAAUCAAAUGGCAACUCAGGGCUACAAUCUUCAGGAAAUGAUAAUCCUAGCUACACUAACUCGAGCAGUGCUAUGCCACCCUCUAGUACCGAACUAACUGAGUCUACAGCCCCUGCUACAGAUGUUGAUUCUGUUAAGAAUGGCCCAGGUACAAAACCAGAACAACCAGCUAAGCGGGCCUUGAGAUCAUCCAAUGUUCAACAAGGACGGAAAAGGGUGUUGCGAAGCACAGCAAGAGGAAGAGCGACGUAGGGUCAUUGCUGCACUAUAUUGUUGUAUACUAGUAUUAACGGCCCAAAAGGGCAACAUGAUACCUAGGUUAAUUAGAUCUAGUGCCGACUGGUCGUUUCCACGGUACGGUGCAUUGUGCAUCAACCUGUAUCCAUGUUGUAUUAUCUUAGGCCUUAUGAUGACCACGUGUACUAGUUAGAGUUGAUCAUUAGGACCAGAAGCUGUUUGAUUUUGUUUCAGUAUCUAGCUUUGGUUAAGUCUCUGGUAGUUUGUGCAGUCGGAAAAGAGAAUUUGUUGGUUGUAUUGCAGCAGACAACUAAAGUGUUCUAGUCAUCAGGUACGUGUACUGUGUAGUGAAUCCAGCAGCAGAGCUGUUCCUCUCUGUAUGGUGGACGCUGGUAUUUGAGGCGAUGUAAUCAUUAUGUAACCUUUGUUUUGUGCUAUUGUGUUGUGGUUGCAUGAGCUGCUUUUUA